UGGACCCAAAUUGACCACAUUGCCAUAAGUUACAGGUGGCGUGAUACCGUCCUGGAUUGCCGUUUGUACUGGAGUACCUGCGUCGACACUUAUCAUGCAUUGGUAGGCCGUCGUUUCUCCAUGAACUUUACCGGGAAGCGCACCAAGCGUCUACUUCGAUUGGCAACUGAGAAAUUGUCUCAACCCUCAGACAGACGAGCCUAUCCAAAUGCACUGCGUAUUGAACUUUCGCUAUCUUGUCCUAAUGACACUGAUCUUCAGUGGAAUAGGACCUCGGCCGUAAGAGCAUCUACUUAUGGUACAAACAAUCGUCACCGUACCAGUCACUGGAUAUCCGAGAAGUUGCUGAACCUGUUGGAAUCAAGAAGAAACCUCCCGACUGGCUCUGAGCACAAUGUGACCAGCCGGACUAUUAGGCGCGAACUAAAGCGGAGCCUGCGUGCUGGCAAGGAAGCCUGGUGGACUAUUCGGGCUCAAGAAAUGGAGGAGGCAGGAGCAGUAGGCAAUUACCGCAAGCUCUUCCAGCUGAUCCGCACGGCUGGUCCCUGAAAACCAGACGUCAAUGAGACAGUUAGAGACAGCGCGGGUGCACUGAUACACAAUAGGAGCGCCGUAUGGCUCGUUGGGCGGUACACUUUCAAGAACCCCUGCUCCCGG